AUGAGUGAGGCGGAGGGCCAGUUCUACAGUGUCCAGGUGGGGGACUCCACCUUCACUGUGCUCAAGCGUUACCAGCAGCUUCGUGCCAUUGGCUCAGGGGCCCAAGGCAUUGUCUGCUCUGCUCUGGAUACAGUCCUCGGUAUACCAGUGGCUGUGAAGAAGCUCUGUCGGCCCUUUCAGAACCAGACCCAUGCAAAGCGGGCCUACAGGGAACUGGUGCUGCUGAAAUGUGUCAACCACAAAAAUAUCAUCCGUCUGAUCAAUGUUUUCACGCCUCAGAAGUCUCUGGAGGAGUUCCAGGAUCUUUACCUGGUGAUGGAGCUGAUGGAUGCCAGCUUAUGUCAGGUGAUUCACAUGGACCUGGACCACGAGAGGAUGUCCUACCUGCUCUAUCAGAUCCUUUGUGGCAUCAGGCACCUGCACUCAGCUGGGAUCAUCCACAGAGAUCUGAAGCCCAGCAACAUUGUUGUGAAGUCUGAUUGCACUCUGAAAAUCCUUGACUUCGGUCUUGCACGGACAGCUUGCACAAACUUCAUGAUGACCCCCUAUGUAGUAACCCGAUACUACCGCGCCCCAGAGGUCAUUCUGGGCAUGAAGUAUAAGGAGAAUGUGGACAUCUGGUCAGUGGGGUGCAUCAUGGGAGAGAUGGUAAAAGGCAGCGUCAUCUUCCAGGGCACCGAUCACAUCGACCAGUGGAAUAAAGUGAUUGAGAUUCUGGGUACGCCCAGUCUCGAGUUUAUGAACCGACUGAUGGAGACCGUAAGGAACUAUGUGAUGAACAAGCCGCAGUAUCCAGGCAUCAGCUUCACAGAGCUGUUCCCGGAUUUUGCUUUCCCUUCUGAAUCUGAACAAGACAAAGUGAAAACCGUUCAAGCUCGGGAUCUGCUCUCCAAAAUGCUGGUCAUUGAUCCGGAAUGCCGUAUCUCGGUAGAGGAAGCCCUUCAUCACCCCUACAUCCACGUGUGGUACGACCCUGCAGAGGCGGACGCGCCUCCUCCUCAGAUUUCAGAUAAGCAGCUGGAAGAGAGAGAGCACACCAUCGAGCAGUGGAAAGAACUUAUUUAUGAAGAAGUGAUAGACUGGGAGGAGAGGAACAAGAACGGUCUAAUGAAAGAAGACUGCUCAGAUGUGGCGUCCGGUUCCGCUUCCCAGUCGUCCUCGGCCAACGACAUUUCGUCCAUGUCCACAGAGCACACGCUGGCGUCGGACACAGACAGCAGCAGCAUCGACACGCUGACAGGGCCGCUCGACGAGAGUCAGUGAACGCCUCAGUGUCCACAGCUCCUCAUCUGCCUCUGUUUAGGUGUUAUCCCGUCUAACUUGCAUUUCUGUUCUUUUCUCUCAGUGAAGCAGUUUUUUUUUGUUGGUUUCCCAUUUGUGAUCAGGUGGAUCUUGUUUGCGACUGUUGCCUGGAGGUCAGAGUUAUGUUUGUGUAAAAAAAAAAAAAACGAAAAACAUUCACUCUUCUUUUUCUGGUGAAUGUUUAACUUGAUCAUCUAUAAAGUUUGUGGUGUAGGUGGGGAAUUAGAGGUUUGCAUUGUAUGCCUGUGUUUUAAUAGUUUUUAUUUUUUUUUUAGAAAACGUCAUUAUUGUCAUCUAAUAAGGGCAAACAAGGACUAAACAGCCGUUCGCCGCUCUGUUGCAUGUUACGCCAAAAAGAACAAAAGCUUCUCAACCAUCUGAAGUUCAUCUGAUGGUCCAAUGCUGAUCUUAUGAAUUAGAACCCUUAGCACGCUGAAAGUAUUGCAGAUGUCCACGGUGGUGCUAUCUGCGCUGAAACGUUUUUGUUUUUGUUUGUUUGUUUUUCAUGAACCGGCACGUGUGAUGUGGAUUUUGAGCUUUUUACUCCAGGCCGCUGUAGUUUCAGUGUUCAGUUUUGUUUCCUCAUUUGUUGUACUGUAUGUAGAGCAAGAAUCACAAAAUUCAAUUUAAGGUACUGAUGACAAAUGUGUAUAAGCGGAUCAUAAUCCUGUAAAUCUGAAAGAGGCAUAGUGAUACAUGUAUUUAUGUAUAUUUUCUUUGUUCUUGCAAAAUUUUGCACACAAGCCACAUUAUAGCCCGUUAAAAACAUUUAAAAGGCAAAUAAAGGCAUGGGCUGCUCUUUUUCUAAAGCAUUCCUUUAGUACUGGGAGAGUCACCAAAUUAGUCAUAAAGCCAGAAAACAUGUAGGAUUCACCUAAAGGCAGCACAAAACGAAGAUGUUUACCUUGCAUGAAGGCAUCACACCUUCAGGAUACUGUGGGUCUGAGAGAAAUCCAUCCAGAUCUGUGUUUUUCACUUGCAGUAUCACAAUGCAUAUUGUUCCGACGGAGUAUUGUUUGCUUUGUUUUGUUGUUUUUUAAUCAUUAUUUUAAGCCUGUAUGUGUGAUGUACAAGUUGUACAGUGCUGUCCUUAUUUCUUAUGAAUCAUCACUUAAGACAGCAGUUGCCCCAUUUGUAGAGGACGAGUUUGUGGGAGAAGUUUGCCCAGCAACAAGGGCCUCUUUAAGAGACUGUGGAGACCUGCAACUCGAAGAAGAGCCUUUUAUAUGGACUGCAGAGCUGCUUUUUGCCUAGAUGAUUGCACAGUGUGUUGAAUAAUCAGAAUUAUGACACUACAGAGCCACUGAGGACUUAAGCACCACAUUGUACACCAACAUGGUUUUUAUUCUUUCUGUCAUGCCUUAAACAACCUGACGAGUGGCCAACUCAUUCUGUAAUUCCUUAGCUCUUCUCUGAGCUAUCUGAGAUGUGUGACUGCAAUGACCACAAUAUCACUUGGCCAACAUCUUUACCCAAACUAAAAUCUAAUAAAGUGGACAUCAGUGAU